AUACUUCAAUACUCAUCAAAAAUAAAAAUAUAUUUUGUAAUAAUUGGACAUAAUGUAUUCUUCGGAUAUAGAUGAAACCAACCGAUAUUGCUACAAUCUGUGCACAUUUAAUCCAUUCGGGGAGGUGAAGCAGGUGGACUAUGCCAACACUUGUGCCAUGAAGGGUGAGCCGGCUGUGGGCAUUGUGACUUUAGACGGCGUUGUGUUGGCCACCCAGAAGAGGUUGAAACUGAAGUAUGCCAUCGGCGAGUCGGUGGAGAAGGUGAAAGAAAUCGGCUCCACCAUGGGCAUUACCUUUUCCGGCCUGUUUCCCGACUUUCGCAUCAUCACAAAGCUGUACCGCAAGACGAUUGCCGAGUUCAACCUCGUUCACGACCAUCCAUUGCCAGUGCACUGUCUAAUGAGAUCCGUGUCCACUUCCAUGCAGGAGCUGACCCAGUCGACGGGAGUGCGUCCCUUCGGCUUAUCCCUGCUGCUCGCCGGCUUUUCGGAUAAUCGUGGCCAGCUCUACUUCAUGGAUGCCGCUGGCAGCAAUUCGGCCUACAAGGCCUGCGCCAUCGGCCGGCAUAUGCACGAGCGCACGCUCUUCCUGGAGAGAAAGUACCGCAAGCGCAUGGAUGCCGAAGACGGAGUAUCGUUAGCAGUUCAGUCCCUGAUGCUGAGGAGCCCAAGGGGACUAUCCGCCGAUCAGAUGGAGGUUGCGGUUGUCGAGGACUACGGGAUGUAUCGCAUUGAUGAGGAGACUGUUGCCAAAUAUAUGUAAAAUGACAGUUAGGCUAUGUGAAUUGUGGAGCGGUGGAAAUGAAACAUAGCACAAUUCACAAUCCGAUUCGAACGGGUGGGAUGAAACAUUUAUUUUACAAUUUACGGGAAGUUAGGAAUGACUGGAAUGAAACAGCGGUGUACUACAAUACAAUCCAAACGGAGAAACUACAUGAAACAUUUAAGACAAUUGAGACAACGUUGGAUGUGAAACAGGUGGAAUAAUAGAAGUGAAGGAAAUUAAAUACAGCACGGAUGGAAUGAAACACAUAAUACAAUUUAUGAGCAGCUCAAGAUGAGAGGAGCGAAGUUUUUGGUAGAGCAAGCCUAGCAUGGAAGACUUUGGUAGACACAGAGAGAAUGAAACAUGGGAUAGGAUGAAACAUUGGACGCUUUUUACACUUUUAAAUAUUGCAAUUCUCUUACCUUCGAUUAGUCGUGGAACACUUGGAAUGAAUGAAACUUGUAUUAUUUCUACUCAAUUGGGCAUAUACCAUAUAUUUCAAAUACAUACAGACCUGGGAGACGACUGCACAUGGAACACUGAAAUGUAACCGACAUUAGUUCAACUAAUGUUGGGCACUUAAAUAACAUUAGAAUAGAAUACAUGUAUUCGAGCAAAUGCAAAAAACAAUGAAUGUACAAAUAAAUCAGUCAACCAGCUGGAAUGAAACAUCAACUUUUUUAAUUCCUAUUUCUAAGAAUUUUCCAAGAGCGAAAUGAAACAAAUGCGAAGCGCGAUAAGCUA